GGGAGGGGGAACGAGAGGGGGCGAGCGGCGCGCGGACGGCCAGGCGGCCAGUGAGCGCGGAGAUGUCGUAGCGGCCUCUGCAGGGAGGCGCAGGGAUGGAGCUGACGGAGCUGCCGCCUCGCCCGAGGCUGCACCAGCCGCACAGACACCUCACCCAGCUGCCGGCCGCCACGCACGUGUCCUGCCUCUACCCGGAGCUGCUGGCGCUCAUCUUCAGCCACCUGGAGGUGCGCGACAAGGGCCGCGCGGCGCAGGUGUGCGUGGCGUGGCGCGAGGCCGCCUACCACCGCUCCGUGUGGCGCGGCGUGGAGGCCCGCCUGCACCUGCGGCGCGCCAGCUCGGCCGUGUUCUCCAGCCUCGUGCGGCGCGGCAUCCGGCGCGUGCAAGUGCUCAGUCUGCGCCGCAGCCUGCGAGACGUCGUCAACGGCAUCCCGGACCUGCAGAGCCUCAACCUGUCGGGCUGCUACCACGUCACCGACAUCGGCCUGUCGCACGCGCUCGUCGCCGACCUGCCCUGCCUCACCGAGCUGGACCUGUCGCUGUGCAAGCAGCUGUCCGACACCUGCCUCGGCCGCAUCGCCACCUGCGUCAAGAACCUGCAGGUGCUCGAGCUGGGCGGCUGCUGCAACGUCACCAACACGGGGCUGCUGCUGAUCGCGUGGGGGCUGCGCAAGCUGCGGCGCCUCAACCUGCGCUCGUGCUGGCACGUGUCGGACGUGGGCAUCGGCCACCUCGCCGGCCUCAACGAGGACUCGGGCGGCGCGGGCAACUUCGCGCUCGAGCACCUGGGGCUGCAGGACUGCCAGCGCCUCACCGACGAGGCGCUGCGCCACGUGUCCGCCGGCCUGCCCGAGCUCAAGUCCAUCAACCUGAGCUUCUGCGUCAGCAUCUCGGACGGCGGGCUGAAGCACCUGGCGCGCAUGCCCUCGCUGCGUGAGAUCAACCUGCGGUCGUGCGACAACGUGUCGGACGCGGGGCUGGCGCACCUCGCGGAGGGCGGCUCGCGCGUCACCUCGCUCGACGUGUCCUUCUGCGACAAGGUGACGGACCAGGCGCUGCACCACGUGUCGCAGGGGCUGUUCAACCUGCGGCAGCUGUCGCUGAACGCGUGCCGCGUGUCGGACGACGGGCUGUGCCGCAUCGCGAAGACGCUGCACGAGCUGGAGGUGCUGAACAUCGGCCAGUGCAGCGGCGUGACGGACCGCGGGCUGGCCGCCGUAGCCGACUGCCUGCGCAGCCUGCGCUGCAUCGACCUGUACGGCUGCACGCGCAUCUCGCCGGCGGGCCUGGAGCGCGUCAUGAAGCUGCCGAGGCUCGCCACGCUCAACCUGGGGCUUUGGCACAUCCGGUGAGGCCGCCCCGCCCGAGUGCGCGCUCGCUCUGACUCUCGUCUCCCGCCCUAGCUUAUUGCAUCCUCAAACGAUAACGUUACGUCUAAUAAAAAUGUCAUGGCAAAAAUAA